UCAAAACUGGCCAAUCUGGAUCGAGCUUUCAAGAAGUGGCUCUCCAGUUUGGAGUAGUGUUAUUUGCAACAGACACAAGGCGAACGCGGCAGGAAUGUCUCCAGAGGAUGAACUCCAAAGUCCCACCCUUGGAUUCGGCUCCUCCAGAGAUGAUCUCAUGAUGAGUCGUGGUGAUCUUGACAGCAGUCGUGAGCCGGGGAGAAGGACACGCAGCAGCCUCCGAACAAGAACCCCAGAGUCCGAGAGCAGCUGUCAUGGCGACGCUGCCAGUGGAGAGAGUCCUUUCCUGAAAAUCCUGAUGGACGCAGAAGCAGCUGCCAACUCUGCAGCAAUCCAACUCGUAUCCUUCAAAGACGCCAUAGAAGAUGAAUUUGCUGAUUCAAGGCAGUCGGCCAAAGAUAGGCGCCAGAUCGCGCGGCAGAGAGGACUGCUGCUGGAGAAACUGGAGGAUUUUAGGCGGAUAAAUAAGUCUGUGCGGCAGAAACUGAAACUGCUCCAAGAUACAGAGGCUAAUCGAAUUGACACGGACAAACAGAUUGAUAUCUUACUGAACAAGGUCACACAGGCUGAAAGUGAAAAUGAGCAAUUAAAAAGAGGUUUGAAUGAGGCCGAAAAGAAAGUUGAGGAUCUCAUGGACAUGCGCAGAGAAGAGCAGGAGAACAUAAAAAGUGCUGUUCACAUGACCAAAUCGGUGGAGGCGACUCGUGCUCACCUGCAGGGCCAGCUGCGCAGCAAGGAAGCUGAAAACAACCGUCUGACUGUACAGUUGCGGACUCUGGAGAGAACCCUGACUGAGCAGAAGUUGGAGAUUGAGGCUCUAAAAGGGUCCUUUGCCUCCGUGUCUGAGAAGGCGGCGCAGGACAAAGAAUCUCUCAAGAAAGCCACCAGAGCACAGAAACUGAGGGCCGAGAGAUUUGAAACUGCCAUUGAGAAAUGCUACGCACAGCUGAAAGAAAAGGACGCUCAGCUGGCCAAAGCCCACUUAGAGAGAGACUCCAGGAGACAGCAGAAGGAGCAGAUGACGGAUGAGAAAGACAAACUGGUCUCUCACGUCGACUUGUUGAAAUGUCAAAUCGCAGACUUAACGGCGAGGCUGCAGAAGGAGAAGGACGAGCUAACAGCGGCUAAUGAGAUUGUGAUGCAACGGGUUGAAAAACUCAUCGCUGACAACGGAGACCUCAGCGUCAAUAAUGCAACACUCAAGGCAUCUGUAGAUCAGCUGGAGCAGCAUCUCGCUGACUGUGAGUCUGCCCUCGUAGAGGAGAAGAUCGUCUCCCAGGAGAAGAAACAUCAAGCCGAACAAUUCCAGUGUCAGGUUGCAGACCUUCAAAGGGAGAUAGAAGAUCUUAAGAGAAGACACACACAUAUUUUAAGAGAGACUGAGAAGAUACAAGAUGGGAAACAGUCAGAAGUGGAGAAGGUGAGGCAGGAGCUGCAGGGCCGUGUGGAGGAGCUGAAGGCUUACCCUGAGUUACUGAGUGCAGCUGAGCAGAGUCUCUUCGAGUGCCAGGAGAACCUGCAACGCUCGGAGAGGAAGUGCUCAGAAAAGUCAGAGUCCAUUAGGCAACUUCAGGCUAAGUUUGAGAGUCAAACCAAACAGCUGAGAUCAUCCGCGGAGAUGAAAGACUCCAUUCACGAGGCCAACGCGCAGCUACUAGAAAACAUCAAUUCCGUCCAAAAGAAGAUGGAGAAGCUGCAGCAGGAGAAUCUGGAGCUCGUACGGAGGCUUGCAGCUCAGGAGGAAGCCCUCAGCUACAGCAACCGGCAACUGGAUCAGCGCUCGUCUGAGUGCCAGGCCCUGAGCCGGCAGCUGGAGGCGGCUUUAGCAGACGUCAGACAACAGGUCAGCAAGGUAAAGGACCAGGCCGUUUCCAGAGAAGACGUCCUUCAGACGAAGAUCCUGGAACUGCAAGCAGAGAAGAGCAGAAGGGACAACGAGCUGAGGCUUCUUCGCCAGAGCAAACUCACCGCGGAGAAACAGUUCGAGGUGCGCAUGAAGGACCUGCAGCUCAGUCUGGACCAAUCAGAGAGCCACAAACAAAGCAUUCAGAACUACGUGGAUUUCCUCAAAAACUCCUACAAGACGAUGUUCGAUGAAGGGCUGCAAGCAUCAACGUUCGGAUCGUCGUAUUUUCUAAAAUGACGAAGGUUUGCGUGAGUGUGAGUGCGAAUGGUUGUUUCUGUGUUGGCCCUGCUACAGACUGAUGACCUGUCCAGGCUGGGACAGGCUCCAGCCACCACCACCACCCUAGUGAGGAUAAGCGGUAGUAGGAGAUAAGAUUUUGCAUUUAAAAUGUGUUUUUGUGUGCUGUUAUAUUUAUUAUAUUAAAUUAAAAUGGGGCAAUAAAAUGGAAGCUGUGUUUGGAUAGCUUUGGAUAGUUUUCAGGGAAUUCUAAUGUUGUGUUGAGAUAUUUUGAUGGUUGUUUUAGCUCAAACACAGAUGCAGAUUUUGGAUUUCGAACUUGGUGCUACGUAUACGACAAUGAGCCAACUGCAUAAAUGUUGUGUGAGGUGAGCCUAGCUUUAACUCUUUUUAAUUUGUUGAGUAAGACCAUUUCAUAUAUAUUCACCCCUUUCUAAGCUGACAGCGACGUAUUGUUUCAAUAGAAAUGUUUGAGCACUUAAAUAAUGCAUCAAGAAUCUGGUCUAUUGGAAAAACAUUAAGAAAAAGAGGGUUUUUUACUAAUGUUUCAUGGAGAUAAUGAUUAAUCUAAAGAAGAAAAAAGAGC